CUGAAACGCGGCGUGCUGCCCACCCGUCGGACCCCCGCAGCGCCCGCAGUUUCUUUUUCCUUGCGCUUCGAGGGAAAACCUGUUUAUGUACAUAUUUACAGACCAACAUUUUGGACGUGUAAAUGUCGGGGACUCAGGCGCGAGCGCAGAAAAAAACUAUAGCUUUUGAAUUUUAGGGGAACUGGGAUUUUUUUUUAUUUUUUUUAUACGAAGAAACAAGAAACUCACACAGAAAGCCGGAGCCGAACACGUUUGUGGUGCGAGUGCCGACCAACACGCAGCGUGAGAGAGAGAGCGGGAGAGAAGAGGAGAGAAGGGGGAGAGAUAACAGAGUGAGCCAGAGCCGCCUUUCACCUCUCUCCCAGGAUAACAACUUUUUAUUUUGUAUUUUCCCCCGCUGUUCUACGUUCGUUCUUUUCUUCUUCUUCUUCUUCGGCCCCUGGUGGAUACGAGACUUCAAGAUGUGAGCAGUCAUUCGCUCUCGCGCGCUAUUGAUGGGAGAAUACCAAGUGUCGACGUGAAAGCGACCUGCGACCAUUUCUGACAAGAACAAGAACACGCCGGAAGAAAAAUAACCGUGGAUUUGUAAACUUCAUAUUUUUAAUUUUUUCGAUUUUUAAUUUCUACAUUUUUUUAAAUAUUGCAAUAGACUUAAAGGAGAAAAUUCACGCCCCCCUCCCCCCAACCCGCCGGUACCCUCUUCAUCGACUAAGUCGCAGUUCAGGGGUCACGGCCAGCGGAGCGAGAAGAGGAGAAAAGGGAGGGAGCCUAUUUGUUUGCCCACCAUAUUUUUCGUUCGUGUUUUUGUUUGAAUGUGUUCCUCCUUCUGGCUGAGGAGACUUGUGCAGACGAGCAGCUGAGGGAAUGAGCUCCAUCGCUGCCGUUUCCCUCCUCGGGUUUCUGGAGCCCCGUUGCGGUGUCCCGUCCCCAUGGGGAGGGAGCCCGUCUCUGAUUCCCAUUUCUGACGCUAUUACUUCUCUCCCCUCAACCUGAAAAAAACCCAUCCUAUUUUCUAUAAAUCUUAUUUUUAAAUAUAAUUAUAUACUUUAAAAACAUUUUUUUUGUUAAUUAACAAAAAAACACCCGCUCUCUAAAGGGAUCUGGAAGCCCCUUUCCAUUUACUGGAGGUCACGGCGUGUCAGUGAAGUCACCGUCCGAAGCGGGGCGUCCGGGGGGGCCAUUGUUUUUUUUAAGACCCGUCUGUACACCGAAUCGGGGCCCUCAGCAGCCCUCCGCCGUAACGAUGGAGAUUCACUGUAAACACGACCCGUUUGCUGCAAUGCACAGACACGGCGGGGUGAACCAGCUUGGAGGCGUGUUUGUAAACGGCAGGCCCCUGCCAGACGUGGUACGCCAGCGAAUAGUGGAACUCGCCCACCAAGGGGUCCGGCCCUGCGACAUCUCGCGCCAGCUGCGAGUCAGCCACGGGUGUGUCAGCAAGAUACUGGGCAGGUACUACGAGACGGGCAGCAUCCGCCCCGGGGUGAUCGGGGGAUCCAAACCAAAGGUUGCUACUCCCAAAGUGGUCGACAAGAUCGCCGAUUACAAACGCCAAAACCCAACCAUGUUUGCCUGGGAGAUCCGGGACCGGCUCCUGGCCGAGAGAGUGUGCGACAACGACAGCGUCCCCAGCGUCAGCUCCAUCAACAGGAUCAUUCGGACAAAGGUGCAGCAGCCGCCCGGCCAAACCGGCUCAGUGUCGGCCCACAACUUGGCGACGUCCGUGGCGGCCACGCAAGUGUCGGCAGUGACCAGCGACUCGGCCGGCUCCUCGUACUCCAUCAGUGGCAUUCUGGGUAUCAGCUCAGCCGCUGACGUGGGCAAGAGGAAGAGGGACGAAGGUUUGCAGGAGUCACCGCUGGCCAACGGGCACGUCCACGGUGGGCGGGACUUCCUCAGGAAGCAGAUGCGAGGGGAGCUAUUCUCGCCGCAGCAGAUCGAGGUAUUGGACCGCCUGUUUGACAGACCCUGUCCAAUCCAGUCCGGCUCUGACCUCUAUGUGAGCCCUGACCCUGGCAAGACGUCCGACUACUCGGCCAUGGCCUCGCUAGCCGGCGGACUGGACGAAAUGAAGAACAGCUUGGCUAAUCCCGGUGCGGGGGCGGAGUUAGGAGGCAGCGUGUCCGGCCCACAGUCCUAUUCACUCGUUCCAGGUCGAGACCUUUCCAGCACCACUCUGCCAGGCUACCCUCCUCAUGUCCCUCCCACCGGACAGGGCAGCUACUCCACCCCCUCCCUCACUGGCAUGGUACCUGGUGGAGAUUUUUCCGGAAGUCCAUAUUCCCAUCCCCAGUAUUCCACAUACAACGAAUCCUGGAGAUUCACCAACCCCAGUUUAUUAGUGUUCCAGCAGGAUUAUGGGUCUCUCCUGGGGACAGAAAUCGGCUGCUCCUCCAGCCUCUUCACCAGCCAGGCAGGACAGAUGCAAGGGUCACCGUACUACUACAGUGCAACAUCACGGGGGGCGGGGCCUGCUGCCACCGCGACAGCCUCCGCCUACGACCGCCACUGACCCCUCCUGAGAGAGAGAAGACCAGGAUGAGGGGACGAGAGAGGGGGGUUGGUGGUGGGGGGGGGCAAAGGGACGGAUAGCACCGGCACUGCACAGUGCCAACCUGGCUGCGCAUGGACCCCAAUGACGAUGGCGAUUUGUGACGUCAGUGAAGUUUGAUAUUUUCAAAAGCACUGCUGGGCUGAAGAAAUGUUCGAUGGUUAUGAAAAUACUGUGAGGACACGAGCUUUCAAUGACCGACUUCCCACGAUAAAUCGAGGCUUUGGUAACUUGUUUUGAACCAACUGGUGGACUAAGUGGUGAUCAAAACUGUGUUGUGAUCUCUUCGGUGGUUAAAUGUUGCGUUUUCAGGUUCGAAAAAUAUUUCUUUUAGUCGAUUCGAGCAAAUUUGCUUUUUCAAAAAGUGUCUUUUUGUGCGCCCCCCCCCCCCCUCCCCUCCCCCUGACAUCAAUCAAUCAAUCAAUUUUCUAUGCCAUGCUACGGCAAAGUAAAGACAAUCCAAUUUUCAUAACUUUAAAUGACCAAAAUCACCGAUACCAUCAGCAGUCUAGUCUCUGCAGAUGCAACAUGUUUCCUCUGGGAUCACAGCGCUGGAUUAAGGGGGCAGCACCAAGGGGUCAGCUUCACAACGCAGGCGGCCGCUGCUGUGCCUGUUGAAACGUUCCGUUAUCUGCAACGAAACCAUUAACACUGUAAGGCGUUUUUGAAACAGACACAAGUACACGUCAUGUGACCAUCCAUUGUGUGGACAGAAAGUCUCUGAGAAUCUGUCGCACAAUUGAAUCUGUAAUUGCCACCUUUGCUCCUCUACUGUUUGGAUUGGACAAAAAAGGCUGGAAGAUAUGUAGUAUCUCUUCAAAGCUUGACGGGGCGGCCACGCUUAGUUACGGUCGCCCGAGCUGCGAUUGGAUGAAUCGCUGCACCGGGGGUCCUGCUGGUUGCAGCCAGAUGUGUAUCACAGUGCGUCUGACCUCCGCGCUUUCAAGUGGCCGCGAGUGCCACCGACUGACGGACAAAAGCACAGCCUAAAAUCUGAGCCCGCCACUGUCAAAUGGAGAGUGGACACAUUCUCAUCAGGCCAAAAUAAAAAAUAAUCGUACAGGAAGGUGCUAUCCCACCUCCCCAGCCAAGACGCAGUCAAGAGCUAUUUAUAAUGGGAGGAGACACAGAGUAAUAUAUUAAGGAGCUUUUUCCGCGCUGCACUCCGUGAUGAGAGUGAAUGCCUGUUAAUGAUUUAUAAUAUGUGUCACGCUGUUGUGCUAGAGUAGUAAUAAUGAUGAUGACGAUGCAGUGAAAUAUGAAAUCUUAAAAAUCGUUCCAUGUGACAAGAAGUCUUUGUUUCUGAGUAUGAUCUGAGUUUCCUGUUCAUGGCUUGUGGCCAGGUAACAGCCGGCGCAGGGGCCAUCCAAUAAAAAGACGUCAUUUUUUUUCGGGCUUUCUGGAUAAUGAUAAGAUCAACCAGGAAGCAGCAGCACCCUGCCUCCUUCCUCUCUCUCUUUCUGUUUCUCUCUCUAAACUCCCCAAAGAUGGGCCACCCCCAGCGGAUCGGCUGACUAACUACAAAAGCACAAAGAGACUCAAUCAUUAUUUAAAAGGCGCCAUUUUGCUUUUCUGACUUCCUUUUAGAACUACUACUUCUUCUUCUGCUCCCCCUUUCACGUGCAUGUCUGCGCUUGUUUGGGGAACAAACAACAACAACAACAACCAACGAGCGUUUCUAUAUUUGUUAGUCUCCUCCGUCAGUUCUGCGCUGUGACAAUGUAUGCCACCAGGGUCGAGGCCUUACCCAUCCCGCACAGACACAGCAGGACAGAUUUGCCCUUCAGCGUUGAUCUCAAAUCAGUGUGUUUUCCCUCUAUAUAGCUCCC